GCCGGAACCUAAGUCUUUGUCUCCAUAUUCAGAGCGGGAGAGACUGUCGACAUAUAUGGUGUUGCGUUGUAUCAAUGCCCUCAAGAAAAUACAAAUCUGAUCCAUCGCCCUAUAACAAUCAAAGCCAAGAAGGCGGGAGGCGGAGUAUCACAGCCUUGCAGCUCGGCAUCGACCAUUAUAAUAAAUGGUGGUAUCUCUGGCCAUGUCAUUUUUUAAGCUAAGUACGGAGUACAAGCCAGAGUUAUGAAUAGAUGCUUGGAACCUACAUACGCGUUUAGGAACUUUGAGUCUUUUUCGCAAUGCUUCCAUUCAUGGAGUAAUGCCACAAGUGACUCCUCAGAGGCAGUUCUUGAAAUUGAAAGUGACUUUGGAAAAAUCAUCCAAGGCUGCCUUCAGAACUAUUGCAAUUCCACAAACUCGGAUCUUGGAAGUUGCGGAUUGAACCUUCAGUGGGAUCGCUUCUAUCGGCUGACAUUACGGCCAUUUGUGGACUUUAAUUCACAUGCAUGUCAUAACCUCAAUGACCAUGUCAAUACAGAUAUUGCAGGCCCCGGAGUCAUUAUAUCCUAUGUCAUGCAAAUUGCAAUAAUCUCAUGUAUCUGGCUGGCCAUACGAAUCUUGGGACUAAUAGAUUCGAAGAAAGCCAGGGAACGCAAUAGUCGAAUGCGCAUGUAUUUGAUAAAUCAACGUUCUGUCGUUCGAUUUUUUUUGGUCGAGUUUCAGGAGACUCAAUGUUUUUUCGUUAUUGCUAUUCAGAUUGCAUUUAUCCUGUCCAUGUCCGCAGGCCCCGAGUUAUACGGUGCUGCCAGUCUCUACCAGCUCGGUAUGGAUAUUGCGAUGACCAGGGCAGUUUGUAUUGGAUCCCUUGUCUCUGUUAAUUUUGGUCUCUGGUUGGUGCAGAAAGCCAGCAUUAAGUCCUUCUAUACUUUGUUGUGCUCUUCUAUCACUGUCUUCCUAUCAAUUGUUACAUUUCACAUGGCCAGCCACUGGUCACCAACACCGGACAAGGUCGCAUUAUUGGAAGAUAAUGAUGCCUUGUCCAAAUGCGGGUAUCACCCUCCUCCGCUGAUCUGGUGUGGGCCCAGUACAUAUUUUUUGCAAGACAUGCUUGUAUUUGGGCUUUUCGUGGCAACUGUCUCUUUAUUUUGCUUCACAUUUUGCCAUGCAUUGCUCGAGUUGUUGCAGGUUGGUUCCUUAGCCAGACGACAUCUUCGGGAUGCCAAUUCCAACUGGUUGCAGAAUGUCUAUCACUGCAUCAAUGGAUUGCUUCCUUCUUCUAGAAGGACUAGGUCUAACUGGAAGAAUAUGUUCAAGGUGUUGAAUUUCUGUGUCGAGGCUGGACUUUUCAUAAUGGGUAUUUGGUCUACUUUUAUUAUUACUGACGCGGUCAAUCUUGAUGCGAGUGACUGGAACUUUGGCCAAAUCAUUGCUGUGUCAAUCUGGGCACCGCCUAUGUUCAAGUAUUUAUAUUGGUCCUUGUUCGGAGUCGAGUCCUAUUCGGCAGCCCGGAUUCCAUUACCGUACAAAAUCACCAACACGAAUCCCAAUUCUUCCGAAUAAAAUGCAAUUCAGAUGCCACCAGUUUACUUAUCACUGCGCGCGUGCGGCUGAGUAGCUGAGCCAAGACCGGCGGCGAGGGGUUUCGAUAGAAGGUUACAUGGCCCCAAGGAUUUGGUUUGGAGUUAUGGAUAGAUUAAAUCAUUUGGCUGGAGGGUU